CACUGCUCACGGGAUGUGGAAUGCUGUGGAGACCAGCUUUGCGUUUGGGGUGAGUGCAGGGAAUCCACUUCAAAAGGAGAGAACGGCACCAUUUGUGAGAACCAACACGACUGUAACCCUGGAAUGUGCUGUGCUUUCCAGAAAGAACUGCUGUUUCCUGUGUGCACUCCAUUACCUGAAGAAGGUGAACCCUGCCAUGAUCCUUCAAACAGACUUCUCAACCUGAUCACCUGGGAACUGGAACCCGAUGGAGUACUUGAGCGAUGCCCAUGUGCAAGUGGCUUGAUCUGCCAACCUCAGAGCAGCCACAGCACUACAUCUGUGUGUGAACUGUCUGCCAAUGAAACCAGGAACAAAGACAAAGAAGGUCCCGUAAUCAUGGAAGAAAUGCCGUUUCUCAGCUUGAUACCCAGAGAUAUUCUUACUGAUUAUGAAGAAAGCAGUGUCAUUCAGGAAGUGCGUAAAGAGUUAGAAGGGCUGGAGGAACAAGCAGGUUUGAAGCCUGAGCCUGACCCAGCUCAUGACCUGUUUCUGGGAGAUGAAAUUUAAAAGUCUGAACACCAGACAGUUUAGUUAGUUAUUUCUAGAAAUUUUUGUCUAGUGUCUUGCUUAUAUAAACCCUAAACACAUACUGCUGGAUAGAAGUGCAAUAAACAAGGUCUUCAAUGAGCAUC